AUGUCUCUUUCAGACGGAAACGGGCUGAUGGGCCCAGAUGGGAUGAAUUUGGACCAGCAUGGGGUUCCGCACGAGAGCUUUUACUCCCAUAUCCCGGUCGCCACGAAUAUGCCUGGGAAUAUGAUGGGCGGGAUGUCGCAGGGACCGCUGCAGCCUGGGUUUGCGGGAUCGACCCCCGGACCCAACUCGAAACUAUCUCCACCAGUGCCUCAGACGUCACGCAUGCAACAACCGAUGCGAAGGCCGUUGCCGCAGGACAUGGUGAAUGCACAUUACACGAGGGGGCCGCCCGGAUCCCAACCACCGCAGCCUCCGCAGCCCCAGCCUCCCCAGUCCGCGCAGCCUCCGCCGCAGCAACAGCAACAGCAACAGCAGUGGGAUAUGGCCCGGCAACGGGCCAACGCCGGAGCAGGACCGGGGCCCAUGGGCCCGGCCACAGGGACUAGGAACGGCGAAGUAUACAAGGCCAAGGUGACUGGGCGGGCUCAGAUUAUCCUGGACAUUAAUACUGAGUUACUGCGACAGGCUGUUUCAAACCCUAAGCAGUCGCAAAUUUAUGCCGAAUGCAUGAAGCGAGUACAGGCGAAUAUAAGCCACCUGUACGCUCUGAAUGACUCCCGAAAUUCCGCGAAUAUGCCGGUCUCUCCGCCUAUUCUAACGGCACCGCCGGGCAUUCCUAGUUUGCAAAACAUGUAUGCCCACCUCGAAGCCACAUUCAACUGA